GGGGCCCGUAGUCACCGCGCUGCUCCAGCUGGGGGCCGCCAACGCCAACUACCUGCCUUUCUCACCUCCUCUUCCAGCGCCCAGCUCCCCCUGAACAGAACAUCCCUCAGGAUGGCGGAGGAGGGCAGCAGUGCCAAGGACUCCGAGUCCUUCAGCGUGCUCACCUGGGACCAGGUCAGCCGGCUGCACGAGGUCCUGACUGAGGUGGUGCCCAUCCACGGGCGGGGCAACUUCCCGACCCUGGAGAUCACCCUGAAGGACAUCGUGCAGACUGUCCGUGGCCGGCUGGAGGAGGCUAGCAUCAGGGUGCAGGACGUCCGGCUGAACGGCUCCGCCGCUGGCCACGUGCUGGUCAAAGACAACGGCUUGGGGUGCAAAGACCUGGAUCUGAUCUUCCACGUGGCUCUCCCCACAGAGGCGGAAUUUCAGCUGGUGAGAGACGUGGUUCUGUGCUCCCUGCUGAACUUCCUGCCGGAGGGCGUGAACAAGCUCAAGAUCAGCCCCGUCACCCUGAAGGAGGCGUACGUGCAGAAGCUGGUGAAAGUCUGCACAGACGCCGACCGCUGGAGCCUCAUCUCCCUCUCCAACAAGAACGGGAGGAACGUGGAGCUCAAGUUCGUCGACUCCAUCCGGCGUCAGUUCGAGUUCAGCGUGGACUCUUUCCAGAUCAUCCUAGAUUCUCUGCUUUUCUUCUAUGACUGCUCCAGCAACCCCAUCUCCGAGCAUUUCCACCCCACGGUGAUCGGGGAGAGUGUGUACGGGGAUUUCGAGGAAGCCUUUGAUCAUCUUCAGAACAGGCUGAUCGCCACCAAGAACCCCGAGGAAAUCCGAGGCGGGGGCCUGCUGAAGUACAGCAACCUCCUCGUGCGGGACUUCAGGCCCGCGGACCAAGAGGAGAUCAAGACCCUGGAGCGCUACAUGUGCUCCAGGUUCUUCAUCGACUUCCCAGACAUCCUGGAACAGCAGAGGAAGCUGGAGACCUACCUCCAGAACCACUUCGCCGAAGAAGAGAGAAGCAAGUAUGACUACCUCAUGAUUCUCCGCCGGGUGGUGAACGAAAGCACAGUGUGCCUCAUGGGGCACGAGCGCAGGCAGACCCUGAACCUCAUCUCCCUCCUGGCCCUGCGUGUGCUGGCAGAGCAGAACAUCAUUCCCAGCGCCACCAACGUCACCUGCUACUACCAGCCAGCUCCUUACGUCAGUGAUGGCAAUUUCAACAACUAUUACAUUGCCCACCCUCCCGUCACCUACAGCCAGCCUUACCCUACAUGGCUGCCCUGUAACUAACCUUAAGACCCGAGGGUUUCCCCCGUGGGAACCCAUUUAGGGCAGGGGCUCUCAGGUAGGAGAGCCUCCUCCUUAGAAGUAGGUGUUUGGCUUUUAAGGGGGGAGCUCAGCUCUGAUUGUGCUUGUCUUUGUGUACCCGUUGGGACAGGUCCACAGACUGUCAUGAGCUAACCCUAAAAGGACCCACAUACAAUGCCACUCUGGAAGAUGCAAUAGGAAGCAUGACUUCUCCACAUCUUUCUAAGAUACUCACUAUCCUGUCAGUACCCAGACACGGGAUUUGAACUCUGCACGGUCUCUGGGAUUGGGAGAGCUGGGCAGCACGUGAGACGCGUCAAAGGCCCUCUUCUCGGCUGAGCCUACGGUAGGCCCCGAGGGUCCUCUCCUCCGGGAUUCUCAGCAGCUACGUGACAGCUGUGCUGAUAGACUUAUACCGUGCCGAUUUUAGUCAGCUCCCAGACUGAGAAACACAAGGGUGCUCUCUCUGUGACUGGAUCUCCACUCGAGGGACUAAGUUGUGUGUGUCUCGUCCCUGUCAGCAGAGCUGAGAAUUUCAUUCAUCAAUAAACCAAAGCCAAUAGCUGGAGACUUGAGAUCUGCUUGGAAGUGGUUUAUGGUAUAUGCUGUGCUUUAUCAAGGAAUUAUGAGAUGUUGUGGAGAAAAAAAAAAAAAAAAGAUGACCUUUGCUUGAAAUGUAACUUGAAAACAAAAUAAAAUGUGGAACAUAAUGUUAAAGUAGAAUUGUGGUGGUGGCGGGGUGGCAAUUGCCAAUAGGAAACAUGAAUGUUUUUGUUUUUUGUUUUUUUUCUUUAAGGAAUUAUUGAAUGACACUCCCCCCCCAUUGGCUCUCUGAUGACUGACUCUUGUCUGCACCUCCUGAGAGUACGGACCUCGCUGUGACUGGAAUCGCUGUCAUAACUGACAUGAGAUUCUCCCCGAGCUCUAAUGAAGCCCAUUUUGUACAUCAUUCCCAGUAUGACAGAGCUUUUCGCUGGGGAACACUGACCAUUCUUCUCCAGUCCCUUCAGAAACAGCAUUCCCCAGAUAUUUUUUUCACAGCAGGAGAAUUCAGGAAUUUCAGGAGAAAAGAGUGCCCAGUGGACCCAUUUUAGAAUUUCACUUCCUCUCUCAAAGAUGCAGGGCCGUAGGCGUUUAGUGUCCAGUCUGGCCUUGUGUGUUCUAGCUACGAAGGCACUUUGCUAUCACUCUGGUGUGUUGAGGAAGAGGCCGGGGAGUCAGGAAUGAUCUUUCUUAUUCUGUAGAUUUAAGCAUUAUGUUUGUGUUCUGCACUUUAGAAGGAAAACAGUGUUAAUUGCUGGCCCGAAUCAAGCAGUCCACAGGGGUCCAGGCGCCUGUGGCUUUACCUGGUGGGUUCCAAAGAGAGAUUUCCCCUUUUGAAACUUUCUGUGGGAUAUUUUGGAAUGCAUGGCUUUAGGACAUCAAGGGGAAAGACAUUCAGUAUUGCUGUCGGGCUUGAUUUCAAAAGUGAUUCCAUCAAAUCCAUGAUCUCAGCCGUUACGUUGUCCAGUGACCGUAAGAGUCCAAAGAUCUGAGCGAUUGCUUGCUUUGUAUCCGCUUUAAGCAAUCCAGUUAUCUUUAUGUAAGAAGACAGUACAGACUAAAUGGCUGACCUUUUCUAGCGGUGUGUUUUCGAGGUUUGUCUAGAAUGUGCUAUAUUAGUCCUCUUAAGAGUUGAUCCAAAUGCAUCUUCUAGCAUCCAUCUUAAGUUAGGUCACAGAAGCCACUAUUAGUAUAGCUUGUUUCUACUUCCCUCUGAAUAUUAGUUAGGUUUGAAUUCACUGGCUUUGAGGUAUGUGAGGGGACCUGAGCUGUUUCAGGGUUGAAAAGGAAGAUAAUGAAAAGUGAACCCAACUUUGAAAACUAUCGGUCAUCCAUGACCUUAAAAUGCUACCUUUGUAGUCAAAUAAGAGCAUAUUUGUACUGAAAUAGAUUUGUUUAAUCAAAGCUUUUGAAGUGUAUUGGAUCUCCCUCAAUAUAAGCCCUUGCUAACAGAGGCAGAAAUCAGGAUUGCUUUGAGAAAGCUUGGGGACCAGCAAGUGUUCUGGCUUCCUCUUGGAAUUCUUUCGGCUUUCUAUUUUGUCUUUUCCAGUCUGGCCAUAGUCGUCCUCUGAGGAUGGAGAGAGGGAGACACAGACAUCGUAAGCAACCACUGUAUGAUGGUCCCCUUGGUAGUUUCCUUUCUAGUUUGCCCAGCUGUUUUGUAGUUUGAGAAUUGAUGUGUGUUCUAGAACCAUCAUGGUAAAAAGUUGCAUUGACCAAAGCUCUACUUUUAAGUCCUGGUUUGUGGCUGUCUGGGCUAGAGUUGUCUCUACCUACUGUGUGUGAGCUUUCUGCCAGAACAGAGACAGCGCAGGUGGCCUCGCAUUUCAGAUGUCAGGAAGUUCUAUCUGAAGCCUGCCUUUUGUGUGGCUCACAUAUGUCCCAGACACGCCUACUUGUACUGAAUCCAGUGGUUUCUCUGUGUGUGUGUGUGUGUGUGUGUGUGUGUGUGUGUGUGUGU